AUGGCAAUUGCAACCAUGACAGCUCCUCUUCCAAUUUCCUUGUUCCUUUUUCUUCUUCUCAUUACCGCUAUCUGUUUUACCAUUUGUGAUGCCAAUUCCAAAGCACUUUGCAUUCAAAGUGAGAGAGAAGCUCUUUUGAAAUUGAAGAAUCAUCUUAUUGAUCCUUCAAACAGGCUAUCUUCAUGGGUUGAAGGUGGGGAUUGCUGUGAAUGGAUUGGUGUCGUCUGCCAUAACUCAACAGGCCACGUCCACCAACUGAACUUGGCGCCUACUCUUUCAGAGCCUGAUGAAUUUGCACCAUAUUUUGAAUGGGAAGCUUACGAGCGGUCAAAACUAGGAGGCAAAAUAAAUCCUUCACUGCUGGAGUUGAAGCAUCUCAGUUCCCUGGACUUGAGCUAUAACAAUUUUAGCAGCAUAUAUAUCCCGAAAUUUUUUGGUAUGCUGAGGAGUUUAACACAUCUUAACCUCUCUCAAGCUAGAUUCCUGGGAGGAAUUCCUCAUAACCUUGGGAAUCUCUCAGAGUUGCAUUAUCUUGAUCUUGGAGGUAAUUAUCUCAAACCAAAAAGUCUUCAAUGGGUUUCUGGACUUUCUUCCUUGCAGUACCUUGAUUUGAGCUACGCGAAUCUUUCUAAAGCAACUGAUUGGCUACAGGUAACAUUUAAACAUCCUUCUCUGUUAGAGUUGCACUUGUCAGCUUGCAUUUUGAAAGAUGAUCCAUAUUUGAUCAGUGUUAAUUCUUCAAAAUCACUGGCUGUUCUUGAUCUUUCUGGGAACGGCUUUUCUUCAGUACCUAAGUCGAUAUUUAGUCUUCAUGGUCUUGUGUCAGUUGAUCUUAGCGGUAAUUUUUUAGAAGGCCCAAUUCCCGGUUACUUUGGGAACACCUCGUUUCUUGAAGUUCUUAAUCUUACUUCGAAUCAUCUCAAUUCAUCUGUACCGAACUCCUUGUACAGUUUAAACCGUCUUCAGUUCCUUAGCCUUAGUGAUAACCAGUUACAAGGAACAAUCUCGAGUGCCAUUGGAAACUUGAGCUCUCUUACUCACCUUAAUCUUUCUAAUAAUCAUAUGUUGGAAGGAAUAUUACCAACCUCUCUGGAAUAUCUGUGCAAAUUUAAGGAGAUGGAUUUGUCUUACAAUAAAAUUGAAGGUGGAAUAUCAGAAAUCCUACAGAGUUUGUCUAGAUGUUGUUUGGAUUCCUUAGAGUCAUUGAGUAUGACCAAGAACCAACUUUCUGGCCAUUUAACUGAUCAACUUGGGCAGUUUAAAAAUCUAUCUUACUUGUCCAUUGCCCAAAACAAAAUUUCUGGUCCCAUUCCAUCAUCGAUAGGGGAGUUAUCAUCUUUGAAGUUCUUGGAUGUUUCAGAAAAUCAAUUAAAUGGUACUUUUCCUCUGUGCAUUGGUCAACUGGAAAGUUUGGAAAUUCUGGAUUUUGGGUAUAAUCUAUUGAAAGGCGUUCUAUUAGAAACCCAUUUUUCUAAUCUCACGAGAUUGACAACUCUGAAGGCAUCACACAAUAGGCUUAGAUUUGAACCAAACUCAAGCUGGAUUCCCCCAUUUCAAUGUCGAAUUAUUGAAUUGGGUCACUGGCAUCUUGGCCCAAAGUUUCCCCAAUGGUUAAAUUUCCAAAAGAAGUUGUCUCUGUUAGAUAUCUCUGAUGCAGGAAUUUCAGAUGUCAUGCCUGUUGUUUCAAUAGGAUUGUUGGAAUUAUUGGCGGAAUUUGGGGCUUUUAAAUUUGGAAAGCAACAACUUGACCGUGAAAAUCAUUUCAAUGGAAGUAUACUAGCAUGGACUGGGGACAAGCUCUCAACGCUGCAGAUUCUAAGCCUUCGAUCAAAUAAUUUUGGUGGCCAUAUUCCUCGUGAAAUUUGUGAUCAUCAAUAUCUUCAGAAUCUGGAUCUUGCCCAUAACAACAUUUCAGGCACUAUUCCAAAAUGUUUGAGUAAUUUGAGUGCAAUGGCCAACAGAAGCAACCAUACCUACUUUAUGUAUAAAUCGAUAAGUAUCAAAUCAAGUACUGGAGAUUAUGUUAGUGAAAUGGACAGAAGCAACCUAAGAAACUUUAUGCUUGAGUGGCAUGUUAUCGGUACUAAUUUCUUUUAUUUGAGUGUAUUAUUAGUGCUGAAAGGACGAGAGGAUGAAUACAGUACCACACUAGGGCUUGUUACCAGCAUGGACCUUUCAACUAAUAGUCUCACGGGAGAGAUCCCAAAAGACAUUGCAAGUCUCGUUGAGCUACGAUCAUUAAAUCUAUCUGGGAAUCUCCUAACAGGAAAUAUACCAAACAACAUUGGCAACAUGAAGUUGAUGGAAUCUCUUGAUUUAUCAAUGAAUCAAUUGAAUGGUGAAAUCCCUCCAAGUUUCUCCAAUUUGAACUUCUUGAAUCACUUCAGCGUUUCCUGCAACAACUUGACAGGACAAAUCCCAACAACCACUCAACUUCAAAGCUUUGAAAACUUGUCUUACGUGGGCAAUCAUCUUUGCGGACCUCCUCUCACUAAGAAUUGCACCUCGAAAGGUAUUCUAACUGAUGCUACAAAUAAUGGAAGUAGCAGUGAAGGAAAUAAAGUGAAUUGGCUUUAUGUCAGCAUAGUUCUUGGCUUUGUAAUGGGAUUUUGGGGUGUAGUGGCUCCCUUGUUUUUCAUUAGGUCUUGGAGGAUUGCAUGCUAUCAAAAGCUGGACCAUAUAUGUGGUAAAUUGUAUGUGUUUUGGGAUACUAUGGGUAUGUAG